AAAAAUUGAACAUAAAUGAUGUUUUACUUCUUAUGAAAACGGACAAUAGAAUAGGAAUUAGAAAAUUUUUCGAUAAUAUGUUAUCAGGCAUGGAUUCUAGCUACGCUUCUUUAAGAAAUUCGAAUAGUGAAAAGAUUUUACAAUUAUUGGUAACGGCUAAUGAUUUUCAAUACAGAAAAACUGUUAAUAACUUAUUAACAAAUAUUGAAACUAUUUUGGGAAAUUUAAAUGAAAGGGAGAUUUUUCAACUUUUGAUGAUGGCUAAAGUGUUAAAGCAUAACAUAAUUACAGAUCGUUUAUUUUUAAGUGAAGGUUUUACAAAACUCAUUUUAGACAAUUUAAAUUGUACUGAGAUCUUGAAUUUAUUAAUAAUAGCUGAUCAAAUGCAACUUCAAAAGUUUUUUAAUCAUAUGUUAAACUUUAUAGAUCAAAAGCUAGAGGAAUAUAUGAACCUUGAUGCAUUUAGCGUAAUUCGAAUUAUUUUUAAUAAUGCUGCAUUUAAGUCUCUUCAUGAUCCAUGUCUUCACCUUAUAUGUAUCAACCCUAGAUCAUUAUUUGAGCAUCGAAAAUUUACUCAAUUGGAUAAGUCAAUUCUAAUGCUUGUAUUACAACGAGAUGAUUUGGGCACAUUAAAAGAAAUAAAUAUCUGGAAUUAUUUAGUACAAUGGGGUAUUGCUCAAAAUUCAAUUAUUCUUCGUAAUAACUUUAAGGAAUGGAGAAAAGAAGAUUAUGAUAUAUUAGAAAAAACCAUUCAUGAUUGUAUCCCUCUAAUUCGUUGGUACCAAAUGUCAAUGCUUGAUAUUUCAGAGAACUUGAAUUUUCUUCAAAAUAUUAUAUCAAUAGAACCAAUUCUUCAUUAUCUUCAUGGUAAUACGACGCCAUCAAAUAGAACUACAACUUUACCUCCAAGAUAUACACCACCUAAUCAUAUGUUUCAUGUCAGGCUACAACAUUUUGAUAUUAUUGCAAGUUGGAUCGAUAAGAAAGAUUUGAACAACUCAUCAAAUAAUAAUGAACAAAUAACUCCAAAUGAAUCUUUGUAUUAUAAUUCUGACAAUAAUCCUUAUAAUUUCAGCCUUCUUUAUUGUGCAAAAAGAGAUGGAUUUAAUUCAAAAGAAUUUCAUAGAUUAUGUGAUGAUAAAGGACCAACUGUAACAAUCAUAAAAAUUAUGGAUCUAGGAAUAUUCGGUGGUUUUAAUGCUUUAAGUUGGAAACAUCCUGAAUCAGUAAAAACUGAUAAUACUAAUUAUUCAAUAUCAGAUGAUAAUUUUUUAUUUUACUUUGAUAACAAAAAUGAUUUUAAUAUCUCUAAUCUCUCACGUGUUAGAAAGAAUUGCUUAGUUGAUAAAUGUUAUUCUCUUCAUGGUCCAUGUUUUGGUUGGAACAAAAAAUAUAAAUUUAGUAAUGAUGAUAGUCAUGACAUAUAUAUAGAUAAUGAUUAUUUAUAUAUUUGUCAAAGAUUUAUUCAUAAUAGUCAUCCAAAUUUUAGUAUAUUUGAAAAAUUACAAUCAAAAUAUAAAUAUGAAAUUGAAGAUUAUGAAGUUUGGCAAAUUGUUAAAAAAAGCGAUAAACUUUCUCAAUAA